UUUAUAUUCUAAAAUAUGUUUACAGAAACAAAUGGUGUUAUCGCUACCAUAAACAAAGGUCAAACCGUUGUAACAGCCAUUCAAGAAGUUGGUUCUAAUAGUGUUAAAGGUGAACUCUCUGACGAAAAAUUACAAGAGUCAUAUCUUCAUGUCACAUGUAGAAAUUUGAGAUCCUCAGAUUCCGGGAAGUACUUCUGUGGAGCUCAUGUCAUUGGUUCUGACGGAAGAGUUGAGAGACUGAACGAGAUGGUAACAGUUAAAGUUAAACUCCCAACGUUUGAGGAUUUGGUGAACGUGAUACAAAAAUUAUUAAUACAGGCUAAUGAUGACAGAGAAAUUCAACAAGAUAAUACACAAAAUAUAAAGAGCAUUCAAAAUGAAUUGAGAAAUAAUCAAGACAAUGUUAUAAAAAUGUACAAAGAUUUGGAUAAUCAUGAACAAAACUUUAUAAGAAUAAAAAAAGAUUUGGAUUCAAAUCAACAAAACAUUAAAAUCAUUAACCAAGACUUGGAUAAUCAAAAACAAAAUAUCAUCAGAAUUAAUACAAAUAUGGAUAGCAAAGAGCAAGAAUUUACAAAAUUUAACAAAGAUUUAGAUUCUAAACAACAAAAUAUAAGAAUUGACAAAGAUUUGAAUGCUACAAAACACAAUAUUACAAGAAUUAAUAAGGAUAUAGAUUCUAAACAACAAGAUAUUAUCAGCAUAAAACAAGACUUGGAGAGCAGUAAAAAAGACUUCAAUGAGCAUAGACAAAAUAUAAGCAUCUUCAAAGACAUGCUGGAUACAGUCAUCUAUAAUUUAUCAUCUUCAUUGACAGACGUCAAACAAGAGCUAACCAAUGGUAACGCAAACAAAAUUAGAAGUUUUUAUAUAUUCUAUUCUUCAUACAUAUUUUAA